AUGUGAAAUGUCAAGUGAUUUGGGCAGCAGAUCAUAGUAUUGUCCCUUCUUCAGGAAACAGUUCUCCAUCUUGUCUCACCAUAAAUACCAACCUUUCAUCAUCCCAUAUGUAUAUUGCAAUACUCAUCUAAAGUAGAAACAAACUUUCAUUAUUUUGCUAGCUGCUAUAAUUGAGAGGUUCACAAGUUAUAUACCUAUGGCCCUAUCAAUCUGGAACUCCUUACUUGGACUUACAUUCGCUCUUUUUUUGUCUCUACCAUUUCUUCCAGCUUGCCAAUCAGCGAGUAUGGCUAGGCGGAUGGCGAUAGGGUCAAAGCCACCAGCUUGUGUAAACAAGUGCAUGAGUUGCCAUCCAUGCAAGGCAACUCUAGUCAUUUCAGCGGGCCAGAAGAACAAGGGCGGCCGCCCUAAUAGUUAUACUGAUCCAUCUAGAAGACAAGCUGAUGAUACUUAUUAUCUCCUCUCUUGGAAAUGCAGAUGCAGAGAUCAGCUCUUUCAACCUUGAUUCAGUAACUAAGCCCUAUAAGCUAGACAUAUUUAAUUAUAUACAUCAUCAUGGGUACUGCAGCUAGUGUUUUAGUAAAUUAAUUAAACACUGAUUUUGUACUGAAUCUGGAUGAUAA